UACUCCCAAAUUAAACCGACCUAACAAUCCCACCCUUGCCAAUAUAAUCCUGUACUUUCACCUGCGCUGUAUUACGGUCUGGAUCCUGAUUAACCUUCCUCCUAGAAGCAGAAACAAAUUCCUAAUUUUCUCUCAAUCUCUCUGGUUCUUCGUACUCAAGAUUGUCUAGACGCCGCGUUGUUGAUUGAAGAGGAAUGGCUCGUACCAAGCAAACCGCUCGCAAGUCAACCGGAGGAAAGGCUCCCAGGAAGCAGCUUGCCACAAAGGCCGCAAGAAAAUCUGCUCCUACCACCGGUGGAGUAAAGAAGCCUCACCGUUACCGUCCUGGAACUGUUGCUCUUCGUGAAAUCCGUAAGUACCAGAAGAGUACUGAGCUUUUGAUCCGGAAAUUGCCCUUCCAGCGCCUUGUUCGAGAAAUCGCUCAAGACUUUAAGACGGAUUUGAGGUUCCAGAGUCACGCGGUGCUUGCUCUUCAGGAAGCUGCUGAGGCCUAUCUUGUAGGUCUGUUUGAGGAUACCAACCUUUGCGCAAUUCACGCCAAACGUGUUACAAUCAUGCCUAAGGAUAUCCAAUUGGCUAGGCGAAUUCGAGGCGAGCGUGCUUAAGUGUAUUCCUGAUUUAUAUGCCCCAUGGAGUUGUCUUAUUUAGGGUUUAUUUUUUACGAACUUGGUGCUUAUUUCUUUUCUCUUGUAAAGAAGAGUAUAUCAAGAAGUUGGUAGGAUAAAUGGUUGUUAUUGUUGAAGCUAUUAUGUCUACACACAAAACUUGUUCGAGUUUGCUAAUGAUCUUUGUUGUUCGAA